GGCGCGUUUCCCUCUCUUGUCCCUCACCAAACGAGUUCCAAGUCUGGCUUCAUCUCCACAGAUGACAGUCCCCCUACUUCGCCCGAGGAUGCUGAUGUUGAUCCAGAGGCAACGACGUAUUACUGCGCUUUGCCUUCAAAACCAACCUUGGUCUUUCGUACGGGGCCCCCGUCGGAGAAGCUAACUGGCUUUGAGACAUACCUCGUGAAGAGGGAGAUCAGGCCGGUCUUCGACGACAAGUUUGCGGCCAUAUGGGAAGAGAUGGGCAUACGCAUAUACGAGUACCUGGACUCUGCUACAAUCAGGUGGACAACAAUCGACGUUGUCCGCUUCGCCGAACCCGGAAAGCACGUCGGUCCCAUCGUUCUAUGGGUCGGUGUCGCAGCCCUUUCCUGUGAGAAAAUUCUCCUUUCAUUUCAGAUCGUCGGCGUCGAGAUAGCGUUUCGUGAGUCGGUCUUCAGGCGGUCCAGCCCUAAGCUCCUAAACUAUGUCGCCGCUGCAAACCCAACUGCCAGCGUUCGCAGUCCUCUCACUGCGGCUCUCGGCCUCUCUAUUGCAUCCCUCCCCACUCGGUAUGCCGAGGGCACUGGAGCUCUCUACCUCUCUGCAGGCCGCCACAGCGAGACGGUCUACAUUCUCACUGCGCGCCAUGUUGUCUUCCCACCCAAGGAUGUACAGAACAAGCUCUAUCACCGUACGCAGAAGAAUCAGUGCCCUGUUGAAGUCAUGCUCUCUGGUCCCGAGGCCUUCCAGGGCAUACUCACGUCUGCCAUGGUCAAGAUCGCUGAUGACACGGUCAUGGUGGACCAGUACCAGAAGCAGCUUUGCAAACCGCAGCAGAGGGAGGCGAGCCCGGACGCGGAUGGCGUCGAGGCAGAACAGGCAGUAGUCGAGUCCAGUUUGAGGGCGGCGAAAGCAUCGAUCAAGGAAAUCAACAAGUUCCACAGCAAUGUCACCAAGGUCUGGAGCCAGGAGAGGCACCGUGUCAUCGGCCACGUCCUGUAUGCCCCUCCUAUUACUGUUGGUGCCGGCACCAAGCGCUACACUGAGGACUGGGCCUUGAUUGAGCUUGACCGCAACAAGAUCAACUGGGCCAACUUCAGGGGCAAUGUGAUCGACUUGGGGACGGAGAUCACGCCAGGCAAAUUUACCUCAAUGAUGAACCCUGACCAGACGGCUCCCUCUAUGUUCGAAUAUCCCUAUGACCGCCUCUUUCCGAUUCAAGGCAUCGUCCCGGAAGACGAGCUGGCCAGCCCAAAAAUGUGCGAGGCAGACGGUGAACCAUGCAUCCUUCUGAUCAAGAACGGUGGCAAGACGAACACGACCAUUGGCCGUGGCACCGGCAUCAAAUCAUUCGUGCGUGACUACUCUUCGGACGGCACCGCGCAAACAUCGAUGGAGUUUGCGAUUCUCGCAUAUGACAAGUCCGCCGCGUUCUCCGACCGUGGUGACUCUGGUACCAUUAUCGUCGACGGCCAGGGACGAGUCGCGGCCCUCCUUAUUGGUGGAUCUGGCCAAGCGGAAUAUACCGAUAUUACCUACGGAACUCCCUUCGAAUGGCUCUUAGAGCGUAUCAAGGCCAAGUUCCCCAACAUCCAUCUCUACCCGACUACUGGCCUUUACUAGCGGCAUAGGCGCCAAACUCGUAGACUUGUUUAGGUCCAGGUCCCAGACGGCUUGAUACGAUUAGCUGAACUGCCGUGCAACCUCACGACCUUCGAGUAGCAGCCACUAGACAUGUGUGGACGUUCAAUUAUCCUCGUACGGUAGCAUCUUGUUUGCUCUCGCAACGUAAUCGCAUACCUCUCCCAAGACAACUUGUACGAAUAUUGUAAACCCCCUUGCCCGCUCCUGUACCCCUUUCAAUAACUGUACUACCAUUGUACGUCGAAU